GACUAAUAUCUCUUUUUCUAGUGUAUAAGUGUACAUUACUUUGUACUGUUUAUUUUUUAUUGUUUGUAUUGUUAAUGUAGGUGUUUAUUUAGGGUUUUUUGAGAAUUGUAAUAUUUUGCAGUGGGUAUAAAGUGUAGAACUCUAAAGGGAAGAGUGUUUCUGGUGUUUUUCUGCUUUUUGAACAGCUCUAUUGGUCUGCAGUGGAAAUUUCCGCAGCUAUAGAGAAUUUAACAGCAGCAUAAAAUCCACAGUAAAGUUAAAAGAGCUGAACUGUUUCCACACAUGUAUCCAUCUACGUCCAAAACCCCUCAGCCAGGCUUCAGCUGUGGAAAAAGACGAGUGCGAGCGUAAAAAAAUGCUGUUUUUCUUUAAAGCCGGGUGUUUUUACAGCAGAUUUAGUUUAUUUACCUUAUUUUUUCUGUAGAAGUGAAACUCCAGACAUCGCCCGGCUUUAAAAACACACUCGGCUGCUGGGUUUACUGGUGUUUACUGGUCCUCUGGAGUAGACAAUGAAGGGUCUAGUCGAUGAUGAUGGGAUCUCUGGUGCUGGCGGUGGGGCUGUGGUUGCGGUUGGAGCAGGACACCGUGGCUCUACUGGGAAGUGAUGGAGCUCCUGAGAACUUCUUCAUCGGUGUGUAUAUCCUGAUCGUAGCCGGGGGGUUGGUGAUGUUGGUGGGGUUCUUCGGGUGCUGUGGGGCGGUGAGGGAGUCCCAGUGUCUGCUCGGCUCGUUCUUCGCCUGCCUGCUGAUCAUAUUCGGAGCAGAAGUCGCUGCCGGAGUGUUCGGAUUCCUCAAUAAAGAGAAAAUAAUUCAGGACAUUCAGACGUUCUACUCAGAAUCUGCUAAAGACGCCAACGGCAACAACACCCUCAUCGUCUCCAGCUACCACCGAGUCCUGAACUGUUGUGGCACCGCCUCCACCAGGUCCGCCCAGUGUACCAACACCGCCCCAGAUACCAAGGACUGUGAAUCAGCGAUUGAAGAGUUUUUUAACAGUAAGCUGUUCAUUAUUGGAUACGUGGGGAUUGGCAUCGCGGGAGUUAUGAUUAUCGGGAUGAUAUUCAGUAUGGUUCUGUGCUGCGCGAUCCGGAACAGCCGGGAGGUGAUCUAAACCCCGCCCCCACCCCCCCACG